AUGUCCGAUUUUAAUGUGCUACAAGCAAUAAAGUAUGGUCAUAGUCAAAUUUUAGUUUCGACACCACUUGAAGCACUCGCCGAUAAGAAUUCAAUCAAUCAGAGUUACCUACACUUUGCAGCAGAGAGUGGACAUGAAUCGAUUCUGAGAUUGUUGGUGAUGCGUGCAAAGUUGGAUGUCAAUGCUGUCGAUCAAUAUGGAAUGACACCACUUCACAAUGCAUGUCUAGAGAACAAACAUCUUGCAGUUAGCUUUCUCCUAGCGAACGGUGCCAAAGUAGAUCCCACCGAUGUCAACAAUGAAACACCACUUUAUCUCGCUGCAUUGAGUGGUGCACCGCAAUGUUUACAAAUAUUACUCAAACAUUCUGCGUCUAUAAAUCAUCAAACAAAUACAGGAAAUACAGCUUUACAUAUUGCGAUUGUUAAUAAUAAUUGGGAGUGUAUAGAUUUGUUAUCUCAAUACGAUGCUGAUCAUACUAUUAUUAAUAAAGAUAAAAAGAGUGCAUUGAUGUUGUGGGAAGAAUCAGCAUUAUCAAAGAAACACAAAUAUUUAUUUACGUCUAAAAAAGAUCUAAUAAGAUUGGUGGAAUCAUUAGAUAACCAAUUGAAUGAGAAGGAAUCAAAAAUAAAUGAAUUAUUAAAAUCAAUAUCAAAUCUUAAACUACAACAACAACAAACAAUUGUACAACAACCAAUAGUUCAACAACAAAUACAACCAAAACCAGAUUAUACAAAUAUAAUCAAUGAAAUUGAUAAUAUAUCUAAUUUAAUAACAAAUUUAAAAUCAAACUUUACAAAAUAA